AUGGACUGCGAUAUUCUAUCGAACAACGGUACAUCACAGGAAGUUUCAGUGGCGAACCCUCCUGAUCGUUCUCAUGACCCCACGGUGCCUACUGCCAUCCAGUCACGGACGCACAAUGACCCACCCACAGGAAAGCAUCGUGCACAUUUCAUGCUCGACAUGCCGCAUCAUGAGUACAUCUUUCCCGCAGGAGGAACCAUCAACGCGACCAUGGUAGAAAUCCUCGUUCUGCUCCCUCACUGGUUUCGCAAUCCCCAAAUCUUGAUGCGCUUCUUGAAUAACGGCCUCACGUCCAACAUUCACAUCAUGAUUCUGGAAGAGUACCGUGGACUCGAGCUUAAUACAGGCGAGGAGAUAGAGCGCGCUCGUGAUUACAUUGCCGACCAGUACCGCAAGGCUAUGCGGAAAAUUAUGCCUGGUUGGUUAAGGCGUAAUCAUAAGGCGCCAGAAGAUUGGGACGCGACCGUAAUGUCUAUCGAGAACGCCAUUCCCGAAGCAGCAACAAGGGAUGGAUAUGUAGCACCACCAUCUAUUCCAUUCAAGAAUCUCGCAGACGGACUGAAGAAGCUGCCUCAGGGCUAUGAUGCUGGACAUCUCACGCGUGCGCUCGACUAUGCGAUGAAGAACGGCAAGCAUGGUAAAGAUGGCAGCACUACUGUGUUCAUGUUCCCAGACGACAUUCAAAUAAUCUUGGAUCACAUCGGGAGGACUGAGAUCACGCUCACUCACCUCGAUACAUACGUCAUCUCCCGAUAUGCCUCUAUGGCUCGUGUCACAGAGCAAGCACGACGCAAGAAAACUGGUGAUGGUAGGAUACAGAGGCAAUCCAGGGCGGUGUCUGACCAACAACCCAUGGAUGUAACUCAGUCACCUCAGCAAUCUGGAUUGACUCAACAAGCACAGAUGUCGCCACCGCCUAAGACCAUGUCAAGCCAAUCCCAAAUCCAGCAGCAGACGCAAUCCACUACUGUGACCUUCUCAAACUUGCAAACCAACCUCCCGUAUAGAGGCAUGGGCAUC